CGUUCGGCCUAUUCAGCUUCUAAACAUGCUCUACAAGCUUUUUCGGACUCGUUGAGGUCUGAGGUAGUUGAUAAGGGGGUACAGGUGACAUGCAUUAGUCCAGGAUAUAUACGAACACAAUUGUCUGUGAAUGCGCUAACAGGCAGUGGAAAAACUUAUGGAAAAAUGGAUAAAACUACUGCAUCUGGUAUGCUGCCAGAAAAGGUAGCUGAUCGUAUUUUGAAUGCUAUUGUUGGUAAGGAAAAAGAUGUAAUGAUUUCCGACUCGCAAGCAAAAUUAGCAUAUUACGCUCGUUAUUUAUUUCCUUCGCUAUAUUUUUGGAUAAUUGGUAACCGAGCAAGGAAACUGGAAAAGGCUGAAGCUGCAGAGCAGAAGAAAGGAAAGUGAAUUCGAACGUGAAAACAAUGCAAACCACGUUUAUGGGGAAUUUGUUUUGCAGAAUCUUACAACGUGAAGAGUUAAUAAUUUCUAUCAUCAACUUCACAAUAAAACACCGAUUUUAUUCAUUAUUUUCCUGCUCAAAAAUAACGAACAAUACCUGUUGCGUGGUAAAUGUGUAUUUCUUUGAAGCAUGGUAAUAAAUUGAAAAUAAAAAAAGCUAUUUAA